GAUUCCUAGAUGCGGGGAAAAACGAACAGUCCAGUUCUCCAACAGUGGGACGCCACUGGGCGCGACGUAGGAGAGGACGAUAGAUAAGUAAGCGAUGUCGAGAUAACGAGAGAACCGCAUUCGACAUACCUACACGAGAUCUUUUCCUCGUCGAUUGUGCGCACGUCCACGUGAGCAGCUACGUCAAGAUGGGAUCUAUCCAGAGUUCGACGCCGUUCCAGAUUAAGGAGGCCCCGAUCGAUGGCCACCGUCCGAUGAAAGUUCGCGUCAUAGGCGCUGGGUACUCGGGCAUCUAUUUGGGAAUUCGUAUACCCGAGCGUCUGCGAAACAUCGACCUGCAGAUCUACGAGAAGAGCGACGCCGUAGGUGGCACCUGGUGGGUGAAUCGGUAUCCCGGUUGCGCUUGUGACAUUCCGGCACACUCGUACCAGUAUUCAUUCAACCCCAACCCUAACUGGUCCUCCUUCUACGCGCCGCAAAAGGAGAUCUGCGCCUAUCUCCAAGGCACCGCCGAGAAAUUCGGUGUCCUCAGAUUUGUGAAACUCUUGCACGAAGUGAAGUCCUGCCAGUGGGACGAAAACAGAAAGAAAUGGAUUUUAACCGUCCAUCGCACAGAUACCGGGGAGACCCUCGAAGACGACGCAGACGUGUUGAUCUCGGCCAGAGGCAACCUGAGCGACCCCGCGUGGCCCAAAAUACCGGGCCUGGACUCCUUCAAGGGGGAGAUCAUGCACUCGGCAAAAUGGAACGAGAAAUACGAUUUCAAGAAUAAGAAAAUCGGCGUUAUCGGCAACGGGUCCAGCGCUAUACAGAUCGUCCCCAAUCUACAAAAGGUCGAGGGUGCACACCUCUCGUGCUUCGUCAGAAGCAAGACGUGGAUUACGAACCCCUUCGGAGAGAACGUGAUGAGAAAACUGGGGCUGGAUCCCAACAAGCUAGAAUUCUCGGAGGAGCAGCGGAAAGAGUUUGCCACGAACCCGGAGAAGUUCUUCGACUUCCGGCGCAUCAUCGAGGUCGACGGCAACACGAUCCACGAGGUGUCGAUCCGCGGCUCGGCGAUGCAGCUGGGCGGCAUCGCGGCCUUCGCGGCGGCGAUGCGCGCGCGGCUGGCCAAGAAGCCCGAGAUCGCGGACUUCCUGAUCCCGGCGUUCGGGAUCGGCUGCCGGCGGGCGACGCCGGGGCCGGGGUACCUGGAGGCGCUGGCGGCGGACAACGUCGACUUCGUGACGGACCCGAUCGCGGCGGUGACGCCGACGGGGGUGUCGCUGGCGUCGGGGCGGGCGGUGGCGCUGGACGCGCUGGUGUGCGCGACGGGGUUCAACACGUCGUCGGCGCCGCCGUUCGAGGUGCGGGGGCGGGGCGGGGUGACGCUGGGGGAGCGGUUCGCGCCGCACCCGACGGCGUACCUGUCGGUGGCGGUGGACGGGUUCCCGAACCUGUUCCUGAUGCUGGGGCCGAACUCGGCGAUCGGGUCGGGGUCGCUGACGGUGAUCCUGGAGCGGGAGGGCGACUACGCGGUGAAGUGCAUCCGCAAGCUGCAGAAGGAGGACUACGCGGCGAUGGCGGUGAAGCCGGAGCGCGUGCGCGACUGGGACGCGUACUGCGCCGAGUACUUCCGCCGCACCGUCUACACGGACGACUGCCACAGCUGGUACAAGUCCGCCGGCGGCGACGGCGACCGCAUCGUCGGCCUGUGGCCCGGCAGCACCAUGCACGCGCUCGAGGCCCUGCGCGCGCCGCGCUGGGAGGACUACGACUGGGAGAGCGUCGACGGCCCCGCCGCGAACCGCCUGCGCUGGCUCGGCAACGGCUGGAGCCUCACGCACACCCCCGCCCAGGCCGAGGGCGAGUACCUCGGCGACCCGGCCUGGUACAUCCACCCCCGCUUCCUCGACAUCCCGCUGCCGGGCCGCCCCGAGGAGGCCGAGGAGUACAAGGCGCUGCCGUUCUCCCACUAAGACAACCGGGCAGCUACUGCUGCUGCUUAGGCUGGAGGACCCGAGGGGGCCGGUUCGGUUCGCUAGAGAGCGUGGUUUCUAGAUCUAGACGGCAUGACGCGCGCGGUACUCUCUCUGUCGGCACAUACAUACACGCAUAUAUACGGGUAUAUAAUUUGGAUCCCGGGGAGUGGCAUGAUAUACAAGUCACCAGUCUCGUUAGAUAGUUAAGUUUGGUGAAGUUCGUACCUACGUUUACCUGCUCUAUGUAGACAGUAGUCUAUUUACCUACAGUCGAAUUUUGGCAAUUUGGAUCCGUGUUAGCGGGAUGCCUGCCAUUGUAGGUGACGCUCCG